GGUGGCGGUACAGUUAAAAAUGGGCGUGUGUCAAAACAGAAGGCAAGCCAAGGACGCGUCAUUGGUUAGCGACGGCUUUGUUCCGUACACGGCAGCAACAGCAGGUAAUAACAAACUCCAUAAAAAUAUUUUUAGAUAUUUUUUAAAGAGCUGGAUACAGCAUCCAAUCACAUAAUAACCUGCGUGGUAGUCAGGUAUCGUUAUGUCUAAGUCGAAGAAUCUAAAGACAUUUCUAGAAUCGUCUCUAAAUGAGAUAUUUAAGGCGACCGUUAAUGACAUAUUGGAGUCGGUAGAGGAGACCUUGGUUGAGUAUCAGGGCAGAAUACAACGAAUUGAGACGGAAAACGAGGAUCUGAAGCGGAGGUUGCAAGAAAGAGACGGAGAACAGGAUGCGGUGGAACUGAAAGCUGAAUUAAAGUCCAGCGCCCUCCACGUGCCUGAAUCUCCAAGAGCGGAUUUCCCUCACGAGUCCAGCGCCAAACCUGCUGCCGUGUCGAUUCAGAAACAGGUGAUCCAGUCCACCCUAAACGAUGGCAAACUGGGCCCGGUGGAGCGGCGCAGGUACAAGCCGAGGUCGCGCGAUGGCGUUCUCUACAAGGCGGAGCCGCAGUCUGGCCGCAGUCCUCACGCGCAGCGCCUUCCCCGGUCGGAAUGCGCGAAGAAAGGCGCGGGAGCGACCGCGUCGGUGCUCAAGUACGAAUACGUGAAGAACGAGCUCGAUUUGGAGAACAGCUGCGCGAUGGACCUCUCCAGGGCGCAGUCCCCGCUUAACCUGGCCACCAGGCCAAUCAAAACGGAGAGCGGAGAGCCGGGCUGCGCCGGCACGGAACACUUCGCCGAUCUGCUGCACUCGCCGCACCGCAUGGACCCCGACGCGCCGGACAGCGACUGCGACGUCAGGGUGACGAUCGUGUCGGACAGUCACAUGACUGUGGAAGACGACGUCGAAGGUUUGGGACAGUCCGAACCGGAGGAGCACGAGGGAAGACAGAGCGAGGCCGAGUGCGAUGCCAUAAGCCCGGGGUUCUGUGAACCCGAGUUCGUUCCCAAGGACCUCUUCCUCCAGGGCUAUCCCGGGAUGGGUCCCGCCGGGGACGAAGACGGGCCCGGGAGCUCAUCCGCCGACGGCAGGCGGCCAGGCGGCCUCCCCUACGCCACGGACGCCUCCGAUCCCGCCCCGAACCUGGACCCGUCGGAGUUCGGCAGGACGCCCGAGGGCCUGUACCACUGCAGCCUGUGCGAGAAGACCUUCACCCGCCUGGGCUCGCUCAACAUCCACCUGCGGAGCCACAGCGGGGAGAAGGCGCACUGCUGCGGCCACUGCGGCAAGCGCUUCGGCCGCGCCGACCUGCUCAAGGCGCACAAGCGCACGCACACGGGCGAGCGGCCCUACAGCUGCAACCUGUGCGGCAAGAGCUACGGCCACACGGGCCAGCUGCGCAUCCACAAGCGCGUGCACACGGGCGAGCGGCCCUACAGCUGCCCGCACUGCAGCAAGCGCUUCAGCGAGCACAACCAGCUCAAGGUGCACCUGCGCACGCACACGGGCGAGCGCCCGUACAGCUGCGCCGUCUGCGGCAAGACCUUCAGCAACGCCGGCAACCUGCGGAUCCACCAGCGGAUCCACACGGGGGAGAAGCCCUACUGCUGCGGCCAGUGCGGCAAGCGGUUCAACGGGAUGGGGGACCUGAAGACGCACUACCGGGUGCACACGGGCGAGAGGCCCUACCACUGCGACCUGUGCGAGAAGACCUUCAGCCAGGCGGGGCACCUGACCAUCCACAAGCGGAUGCACACGGGCGAGAAGCCCUACAGCUGCGCCGAGUGCGGCAAGAAGUUCAGCGUGGCCAGCAGCCUGAAGCUGCACCUGCGCACGCACACGGGCGAGAAGCUCUACGGCUGCUCCUUCUGCGGCAAGAGCUUCAGCCGGGCGGGGCACCUCAAGAGGCACGAGCAGGUGCACACCAAGGAGAAGCUGUACGCCUGCGCCCGGUGCGGGAAGAGCUACAGCGACCAGUCCACACUCAAGAAGCACCUGAAGGUGCACGCGGGGGACGAGCCCUUCACGCAGAGCGAGGAGAGCACCAGCGGGACGGACGCCCCCGGCGGCCAGCGGCAUGCGCAGCCGGAGCAGCUGUAGCGACGGCGGCGCGGCGGCGGCGCGCGUUCCGUAGGGGGGGUUUCUCAAUAAAACGUGUCGAGCUCACACCGAAAGUGGCGCCGGACAGGGUGCAGUCCGAGUUUUGAAUCGAGACCCCGUUUCGCUCCUGGUCGUUAGUGGGGAGGAUCCCCAUUCGAACGCGGUGCGCGUUCUUCAGGUUUUUCAUUCCGUGAACCGAAUUUCAUUUCCCGAAUCGAAAUGGAAGAGACUCCCAGCCCCGACUUGGUCCGCUUAACUCAAGAGGCCGACCUCCGUUAAUUACGCCACCACUCACACAGCCAUCCUGAAUGUAUUUCUGAACCACUCUGUGAAAGUCAGCAACUUGAACCCUUGAAUACUGUACAUGUACUGUAGAUAGGAGAUAGCCUUUAAUAAUCGUAAUACUUGAGAUCUGUAGCAGUACUGCAACGUCGUCAUGAGAUUUUAAGUGUAAUUACGUGAAAUUUACGACCGUGUCGACCUCGUGCGUAGCGAGGCCCGCUGUCUCAACACCCGACCUUUACUGUUCCACGCUAAAUAUGCAAUGCCUUCGCGGUUAUGACGUCAGAGGGUCCGUGCGGAUUAUUCUGCGGCCUCGCGGGGCUCUCUCACCGAUUCCCGCGCUCCACGCGUUCCGUUAACGUUCUGUGUAGAGGCCGCACGGUGCGCGAGGGAAGCGGCGCGGUGCUGUGGCGCGGUGCGUUGUCCGGUUCUGUAUUUGCGCAGGAUACGCUCUUUCCCUCGUCCUAGUGCGAACGAAUGUGUCCGGCACGGCUUGCCUGGCCCUGAAAAAAAAAAAGAAAACCCGGAUCGGACUUUCAUACCAGGGGUUGCGGAUGAAAUACGAAUCGAGAUUCAGCCACUUUGCCUCAAACGUAUUCAGAAAAUAUAUUUUAGUGAGCCGUUUAACGGGGUAAGAGAAAGUCUUAUCGACGGUCCGCCAUAUUGUUCUGGUUCUGUAAGCGGGGGAGCCGAGACCGACCUGUCCAGUCGGGUGCCGGCAGUGCUGGGCUACGUCGCUUGUUCGUAUUCCGCCCGUCGAACGGACGGUUUGGGGGGGUCCGGCACGUCCCCGUGCGUACCCCGCUGGAAUAAGGGCGAGAGCACAGCUUCAGUGUCUUCGGUCCAGGUAGCGUCUCAGUGUCGUUGAAUGGGAGUGGUUUCAUAGUCGUUGAUUGUGUAGGGUUCCUAGCCCUUUAGCCCUUUAUUGUGAACGUGAGAGGAUUACAGUGCACAUUACCAAAACCAGUGAACCUGAACACAGUGUGCUGAGACUGACGCGUCUCCGCAUUAUCACACACAACGGAAGGGAUCUGCAGCUGUACAUAAAUGGAACGUGUUCUGUGCUACACUAGAGGUGCACAUGUGAAUGACUUUGCAAAACUGCAAAAUAUAUUUGUACUCUUAAGCCAAAUUAAAAUAAUAUAUAAACCUAAA